AUGCAACUGUUCUAUAUGCUACAUGCUUUGAAUGGGAAUGAUGUGGAAAAGCAGGAACAGCAAAGAUUAGUGGAGAAAUUGGGUAACAAUUCGACAGCUACCGAUAAUGAUAUUGAUGAUAACGAUGGAAUGGAUAAAUCAUAUUCCCCAUCAGAGGGAUUAUCAUCGGAAGUGACGUGUACAACUGUUUCAUCCACGUUAUCAUUACCACCUUUAACAACAGCAACAACAAUGAUCGGUGUGCCGGAUUCGGAAUUUUCCAUUAAUGACAGUAAUGGUAUGAGAUGUCAAGGGAAUGAUAACAAUGAUAACACUGAUAAUAUCGGUAAGCAAUUCCACUUUUUGUCUUAA